AUGCUUGAGUACAGCAAUGGGCGAUGGGUCCUCCAGACCGCGACAAACACGCGGCCAUCGGGGCAGCCACGGUCUUUGGAGCGGUACAAGGCCCCCGCACCGGAAACGGAGCGGCUGACAGAAGCAGGAGAUGCCACCGCUGUGAAGCUGGCCACUAUGGGUGCUCUCCUGGCGGGUGGUGCCCGCGCCCGGCGCAGCCGCACCACACGACACGUGCCGAGGCGCUUGUUUGGUGACCUGGCACAAAAGAUCAACCCGUUCUACGAGGCCCCCGAUGUCCAGACCAGGAAGCGAUACAGCCCUCAAGUCGAGGCAGUCAAUGCCCUGGAGAGUGACAUGCAGGCUCGCUCGGACGAUGAGCUGCGUGAGCUCACGAAGAGCCUCCAGAGCCGAGCUCAGGAAAAGCAGGAGUCGCUGGACUCGCUGCUGCCAGAGGCCUUUGCCCUCGUUCGGGAGGCCUCGAUGCGAGUUUUGGGCCUUCGGCACUUUGAUGUGCAGCUGAUGGGAGGCAUCGCCCUCCACGAAGGCAACAUCGCGGAGAUGGGAACUGGUGAGGGCAAAACCCUCGUGGCGAUCCUAGCGGCCUUCCUCAAUGCCCUAAGUGGCAAGGGGGUACAUGUCGUCACGGUGAACGACUACCUUGCGCGGCGUGAUGCAGAGUGGGUUGGUCAGCCGCUCCGCUUUCUUGGCAUGACGGUUGGCGUCGUGCAGAAUGGAAUGCCCUCCGACCAGAAGAAGAAGGCUUACAGGUGUGAUGUCACCUAUGUCACCAACAGCGCCCCGGCAAUGACAGAUGCAGCUGAGCACCAAGUGACUUGCGAAGUCUCUGCAUCGCUUGAAUCAGGCGAGUUGGGUUUCGACUACCUCCGAGAUCAGAUGGCCCCAUCACCUUCGGACCUCUCGCUCCGAGAGGGUACACCGUUCAAUUUUGCAGUGGUGGAUGAGGUCGACUCCAUCCUCGUCGACGAGGCCCGGACACCGCUCAUCAUCUCGGGAGUCGCCGAGAACUCGCCGACGAAGUACCAGGUGGCCAACGAGGUGACCAAGGCGCUUCGGAAGGAGGUGCACUACACGGUGGACGAGAAGCAGAGGCAGUGCGUGCUGAUUGAGGCCGGUGUCGAAACGGCCGAGAAGCUGCUGGGCAAGGAUGACCUCUUUGACCCAGAGGACCCGUGGUUUCCCUUUGUCACGAACUCGUUGAAUGCCAAGGAGCUGUACAUCAAAGACAAGGCCUACAUCGUGAAGCGCGGAGAAGUGAUGAUCGUGGACGAGUUCACAGGGCGCGUCAUGGAGGGUCGUCGAUGGAGCAACGGCCUCCACCAGGCUAUUGAGGCCAAGGAGGGUGUGCAGAUCCAGGCCGAGUCUGUCACGCUGGCCAGCAUCUCGUACCAGUCCUUGUUCAGACUCUUCGAUAAGUUGGGCGGAAUGACCGGUACUGCCUUUACGGAAGCCAAAGAGUUCGAAGAGGUGUACAAGCUGAAGACGGUCGUCGUCCCGCCAAACCUGUCCAGGAAGCGAGAGGACAAGGACGAUCAGGUGUUCGUAGACGACAUUGGCAAGUGGAAGGCCUGCGCCCGCGAGAUCGAGAAUGCCCACCGCAUCGGUCGGCCCGUCCUCAUCGGGACUACUAACGUGGAGAACUCAGAAAUCAUUGCAGAGCUCCUCGAUGCUCUGGGCGUGGCCUACCAGCUCCUCAAUGCCAAGCCUGAGAAUGUGGCCCGCGAGACUGAGAUUGUCGCCUCGAGUGGCCGCAAGUAUGCCGUUACCAUCGCGACCAACAUGGCCGGACGAGGAACCGACAUUCUGCUGGGCGGCAACCCCGCCAUGAUGGCUCGUCUCCGAUUGCGUGAGGAGCUCUACGGCAAACUGUUCCCUCGGAAGUCCUGGGCCAUGCCUGAAGAGUUCUACCCGGUUGACCUCACGCCCCAGCUCAAGACACAGGUUGCUUGA